CUUGCGGACUCUAACCGACAGAUGGGUGAUGAUAAUAUCCCUCCCAACACAAAACAGUUGCAUUUCAUUUCACAGCCUCACAUAACGGCUGAAACCGAUAAACCAGAACAAAUGGCAGCAGUCUGUUCUUCACCACUCGCAGUUGUCUCUCCCAAACCAUCAGCACUAGCUCUCCCCAAACUCAUCACUUCUAAGCUUUCGCAAAGUCGACUUCGGGUUUCCUUUAAAUCAUUGGUCGGAAACAACUUGGUGUCCAAGAGAAGUUUCACACGGUUGAACGCUGCUGGGUUCGCAGAGAUCGAGCCUGAUCUUAAUGAAGACCCCACUGAUCGUUGGGAAACUAAUAGUGUCUCCGCGGAGGACUUUAAGUAUGGAGAGUAUGAUGACCACCACACUUACCAUGAAGGAGAGGAGGAGAGAGGAACCUUCUGGGGAUCUAUUGCAGAAGAUGUAAAAGAAGUAGGACCCCCUACAGGAUUUCAGGGUUUAAUAUCAUGGCUUUUUCCCCCUGCAGUUGCUGCUGCAAUGUAUUUUCAUGCUCCGGGGGAGUACUUGUUCAUUGGAGCCGGUCUAUUUACGAUUGUAUUUUGUAUUAUUGAGAUGGAUAAGCCGGAUCAGCCCCACAACUUUGAGCCUCAGAUAUACAAUAUGGAGAGAGGAUCUCGUGACAAGUUGAUAGCUGAUUACAAUACCAUGGACAUCUGGGAUUUCAAUGAGAAAUAUGGGGAUCUAUGGGACUUCACCGUGAAGCCAAAGGAUGAUAUAACAAAGAGAUAGUGAUGCAAAACUGCACCAAUAUAAUGGGAAUCUCUACCAUCUUGGGCAUAAAAGGUAUAGCUAUAUUUUAGGCCUCUUUUCGAAUGGGCGAAAUUAUCUUUGCUUUCUGCAUUGUCUAUUUGUCUUAUGUUUUGUUUAUAUAUCAGGUUUAGCAAUUGUAAUUUGUAAAUCUCCAACCAAGAAAGUAUAUAAUUGAAAAUCAUACAUGCCGCAUGUAUAUGUUAGUUUUA